AUGGGUGAAGGGCGGGAUGCGACAUGCCAGGCACAUGUCUUAUUUGACAGCUUUGUGCAGGCGGCCACAUGUAAAGGGACUCUGAGGGUAUUUCAGGAGCUGUGUGCUGAGCUGAAGCUGCAGCCAGGCCAGCAGCCCUUCUUCUACCACACGCUGAGAAGUCGUCUGCACUACUGGAGGGCCAAGGCUCUGUGGGCCAAACUGGAUAAACGCCUCAGCCAGAAAGAAUUUGGGAGAGGCCAGGCCUGUGCUAACACCACGUGUCUGAUCAUAGGUGCUGGGCCAUGUGGCUUGAGGACAGCCAUAGAACUGGGCUUUUUAGGUGCUAAGGUGGUGCUGGUGGAGAAAAGAGAUUCAUUCUCACGGAAUAAUGUGCUCCACCUGUGGCCCUUCACUAUCCAUGACCUGCGUGGCCUUGGUGCCAAAAAGUUCUAUGGAAAAUUCUGUGCUGGAACCAUCGAUCACAUCAGUAUCCGGCAGCUGCAGCUGAUGCUGUUGAAGGUUGCUCUGUUGCUGGGUGUUGAGGUUCAUGUGAAUGUAGAGUUCAGGGGCCUGCUGGAGCCUCCAGAGGAUCAAGAAAACCACAGGAUUGGCUGGAGGGCUGAGGUCUAUCCCAAUUGUCACCCAGUCAGCAAACUUGAGUUUCAUGUUAUCAUUGGAGCUGACGGCAGGAGGAACACUCUACCAGGUUUCCGCAGGAAGGAAUUCCGGGGAAAGCUGGCCAUCGCCAUCACGGCAAACUUCAUUAACCGCAACACGACGGCAGAAGCCAAGGUGGAGGAGAUCAGUGGUGUGGCCUUCAUUUUCAACCAGAGAUUCUUCCAGGAACUGCGAGAGGCCACGGGUAUUGACCUGGAAAAUAUAGUCUAUUAUAAAGAUGACACACAUUACUUUGUCAUGACGGCAAAGAAACAGAGUCUUCUGGAGAAAGGAGUUAUUCUACAUGAUUAUGCUGACACCGAGGUGUUGCUCUCCCGAAACAAUGUGGACCAGAAUGCACUUCUGUCAUAUGCGCGAGAAGCAGCUGACUUCUCCACCAAUCACCAGCUUCCAACACUGGAUUUCGCCAUUAACCACUACGGGCAGCCAGAUGUGGCCAUGUUUGAUUUUACCUGCAUGUAUGCAUCCGAAAACGCAGCAAUGGUGCGAACUCGCAGGGGACACCCUCUACUGGUUACCCUGGUGGGAGACAGUCUACUGGAGCCCUUCUGGCCAAUGGGGACAGGCAUUGCCCGGGGCUUCCUGGCAGCCAUGGAUACAGCUUGGAUGGUUCGGAGCUGGACUCUGGGUCACACUCCUUUAGAGGUUCUGGCUGAGAGAGAAAGUGUGUAUCGGUUGCUUCCUCAGACUACUCCAGAGAAUGUCAGUAAGAACUACGGCCAAUACAGCCUGGAUCCUAUGACGCGGUACCCCAACAUUAACACACAACUCAUCAGUCCUGCACAGGUUUUCCACCUUAUAGACACAGGGGAUACUGGGACUCUGAGGAUAGACUCUCCCACUCAUCGACCAGUACGACAGGAGACAGCCCGUUCAGAGAAGUUACUGACCUGGUGUCAGGAGCAGACAAACGACUACAGGAACGUGUGUGUUUCUGACCUCACAACCUCCUGGAGGAGUGGUCUAGCCCUGUGUGCCCUUAUACACAGAUACAGACCUGACUUGAUAGAUUUUGAUUCAUUGGAGGAGACUGAUGCUGAAAUGAAUGCUCAGCUGGGAUUGGAUGUGGUGGAGAGGGAGUUUGGUAUAUCUCCCCUCAUGACAGGCAAGGAGAUGAGCUGUUUGGUCGAGUCUGACUCUCUCAGCAUGGUCAUGUACCUCAGUCAGCUGUAUGAGCUUCUUAAAGACACACUGCCCUCUAGUGAGAAUCUGACUGCAGAAGAGAGAGCUGCUCUCCUCUCCACUGCCAAGUCUCCUUUCUCUCUCCUCAGUAAACUUGGGCAGAAUCUCUCCCGCAAACGCAUCCCCAAGGAUAAGAAAGAGAAAGACUCAGACGGGUUAGGGAAGAGGAGGAGGACGAGUCAGACAGGCCAGUCUGAAGACGAGGAGCACCAUGAUGAACAGACCACGGCAGGGAUGUCUGUGGAGGAACCGAGUGUGCCAACGGUUUCCAGAGGAUGCCAAAGUCGAGUCAGGUCCAUGGCAUCUCAGCUGCUGGCCAAGUUUGAGGAGAACUCCCCUUCAGUUUCUUCUGUUGCCUUAAGAAGACAGAGUGGCUCUAUGCCCAAUCUGGAGCUGCCCUCUUCGCCCCUCUCUGACCCCACGGCCAAACCACCGGCCCCCCAGGCCUCUGCGUCUCCGCUGAGAGAGAAAUAUAUUAAGAUGUAUACAGGGGGAGUGAGCUCAUUGGCUGAACAAAUAGCCAAUCAGCUCCAGAAUCAGGAUGCCCUAAAACCCUCUCUUGAGAGGAAGGAAUUGGGCACCCAGAGGAAGGAGUUUCCUCUGAGCGUGGGCGGCAGUGAUGUGUGUUAUUUCUGUAGUCGACGUGUGUAUGUGAUGGAGCGCCUGAGCGCGGAGGGCAAAUUCUUCCAUAGGAGCUGCUUCCAGUGCCACCACUGCAGUUCCACACUCCAUCUCUCCAACUACGCCUAUGACCAGCUCCAAGGAAAGUUUUACUGUAAACAACACUUCGGCUAUAGAUUUACAGGACUAGCGCAAAGGAAGAGACCUGCUCCACCAGGUGCCACUCACACGUCACAGGAUCCUCCGGUCCCUUCUCCCGCCUCCACGGUUCUCCCCUCUCCAGGCUCGGUGUCAGCUGAUACAGCGACCCCUCCAGACUGCUGGUCCUCUGGCACUUCCCCAGACCUUGUCUCCAGUCUAGCGAAGCGUGUGUGCGGCACACCCGAACGCAUCGAACUGGAGAACUGCAAUCCAUCCCCGCAGCGCCAAGACAGUCCAUGUCAGGAGGUACCAGAGGAGACUCUGACACAACAUAACCUUAGCCUGCAGGAGAAAUAUCAGGAGGAACAUUCUAGCAGUUCAGAGUCAGAGAUGGAGGAGGAGGGUGAGAGCUCAUGGCAGAGGGCAGAGCCGGCGCUCAGGCUGGAUGGAAGGAGGGAGCUCGACGCCGGAGGAGAGCAGCGAGAAGAGCAGGGGGAAGGAGAGAAGAGAGUGGAUGAUGAUGAUGAUGAUGAUGAUGAAGGACAGGAUGUGGAAGAAGAGGAAUCAGAAGAGGAAGAGGAGUCAGAGGGGGAAGAGGAUGAGUCUAGUGAUGAGGGUGAAUACUGUCCGUGGGAGAGAGAGCGACUCUCUGGGGUGUGGCUUGAGGAAGAGGAGGAAAGGUUAUAUAAAGGUAGUCCAGGAUCAGGCAAAGAGGGUUUGCAUGACCAGGGAAUGGUAGCGAACUCAGAAAGAAAAGUUACACCACAUCAACAGGAGGAGAAGGAAACUCAUCUAAGUCAUACUGAUAUAUCUACUGAGGCUUCCUUUUCCAAAGAAGACAGACACACAUUUCACUUGGACCCGACAUACAGUUCUACACCAAAGGCUGUCCUGUAUGUGACAUCAGAGGACCCUUUAGCCAAAAGGUCAGAUGUCAUCGAGGAGUUCUGGGUGAAGAGUGCAGAGAUCAGGAAGAAUUUGGGUCUGACCCGGAUGUCCGAAGGUCACGACCCAGAGAUGAACCCAGAGGAUACCCCUAUGUGUUCUCAUACAUCCUCCGCUCAGACAUAUGCAACUUCUGACCCGUUUUACACCCCUGCCACACACUCUCCAUCCCCCCAUACAUCAGGUGCACUAGCAUCUUCUUAUACCAGUGACAACGCGGGAAACUAUGACUCAAGCGCAAACACUCAAACAUCCCACCUAAUGGACACAAAAUGCCCACACACACGUUCACUCUCAGACACACCCUUACCUGGCUGCUCACACACUUCAGAGGUGGUGCUAGAGGGGGUCUUAGGAGAGGUGGGCUGCCACUGCUUAGUCCAACAUAGAUUGAGCAUUACUCUAGAGGGAUAUAUGACCUCCAUGACAGAGAAACACAACUCCUCCUGCGAUGCUGCUACCACUUACACUGUAGAUAGUCAAAGGCUCCACACAGCAGAAUCUGUAUGCUCAGAAUCUCCUUGCAGCUUACCUUCCUCGCCAGCCGUGUCCAGACAGUGCAGGGCUGCUCCACCCCUGAGGGGACUGGCCCUAGAGAGAGAGAUCCUCAUGACCUCUGCCCCCUGUAUCGGUUCCCAAAGUGCUGCACUCUUAAAGAGAGACGUAGCUAAACCUGGACUAGACAGAGGUCAAGGGUCACUCCCUGCAGAUGAAGAGAUAUUGAUCGCCCAGGACGCAAGCACCAGCUGCACCACUCCAGCCACGCCCGCCCAGGAUGGAACUCCCUGCUUCCCCUGUGAUGUCCUCGGGGCUAAACAUGCCGUGAGAAGUAAGCGUGCACUGGAAGAGUUGAGAAUGCCAGAGCUUGUCUCACAGGGUUCAGAGGUCAGGCUCGGCGGCUUGGAAGAGAAAGAAAAGAAGCGUAGCUCCCUGUUUUCCCCACGGAAAAACCGGAGAAGUCUGAGUACUUUGGUGGACGUGAAGAGUGUGCAGCAGGAGCCGGCCAAGCACAAAUCCCUGUGGAAGAGUGUUCUCUCUGGGUACAGGAGAGAGAAAAAGAGGAAGGAGGGAGCAGUGCUGGCCAACACACUGCCUCUCAGUGCCAACCCAGAGAACAGGAGAUGGGCAACCAGCAGAUCCUCAGACUUGUACUUCAGGAAGAACCAGAGUUUCUGUGAGGACUCAGACCUGUCCUAUAAUGCUGUGAUGGACAGAUCCCCUCUCCGAGCUCAGUCAGUCUAUGUACCUCACGCACUGGCGUUCAAGAGAGCAUACGCUGUCAAGAAGGCCACGCCCGAGGAAGAGCUGGACGAAAAACUGACGCGAAGGGUGCAGCGCGCUGCUCGUAGGCAGGCCAAGCAGGAGGAGCUGAGGAGACUGCAUCGAGCACAGAUAAUUCAACGUCAGUUGGAGCAAGUGGAGGUGAAACAGAGGCAGCUGGAGGAGAGGGGUGUUGCUGUGGAGAAAGCCCUCCGUGGGGAAGCAGACUACUGGGAAGACCCUAGUGCCACUGAAGUUCUGGACAUACAUUUAGGUGUUGAACCCUUUUUUGGUUCUCCUCGUAGAAGGCCUGUCUCCCUAUGCCCCUGCUGUUCCUCAGAAGGGAUGGGAAAGAAGGAUGAUCCCAGUCUAAUGCAGCAGUGGUUUAAACUGGUCCAGGAGAAGAACGCUCUGGUGCGCUAUGAGUCUGAGCUCAUGAUAUUUGCUCAGGAGCUGGAGCUUGAGGAUCGACAGAGUCGUCUGCAGCAGGAACUGAGAGAACGCAUGGCAGUGGACGACCAUCUUAAGGGAGCAGAGGAAUUGGCUGAGGAGAAGCGUAUUCUGGGAGAGAUGCUGGAUGUUGUAGAACAGAGAGAUGCCUUAGUGGCUCUUCUGGAGGAGCAGAGAAUCAGAGAGAGAGAGGAAGACAAGGACCUGGAGGCAGUUAUGCUUUCCAAGGGCUAUAACCUACACUGGACCUAA